GCGGACAUCUGGACAAGCGAGGCUUCCGCUUUCACAGGCCUUAUCCAGGUCCCGGGAACUCCGUGGGGAGUGGAAGGGGAAGAGUCUCCGGUGAGCUUCCUUUCCCACCCGGACCUGGGCCGCCCUAACUCACCACACAGAAAACAGUGACCGCAAGGCCUGAGAAACGUGAACCCUACGCUUCAUGCGCAGGCUUAGGGGACUAAGGGAAAAAAAAAGCACACACACAAUCGAAGUCUAAGCAGACCGCGAUAAAACCGGAGCAACGGCGCGCGUUCGCGCGCAGCAAUUAACGCGCGUCCGCCGCCGCGGCCGCGAAGACCCCUGGGAGCGCCCCCCUCGGCCGCGAGUGCGCAGGCGCACACGGCUCAGCGGGGGCUCCGGCAAUGCUGUUGGGUUCCAGGCCUCCUGAGGAGGCGGAGGACGGAGCUGGAUGCUCAGAAACCAAAGAACAGACUCGGGGCGUCGUACCCGAUGGGGAGGCGAGGGAGGAAGCCGGGACUCCCAGCCAGGCCUGGACAUUUCUCUUUUUUGAAAGAAGAGCUCAAAAGACAAGGAUCAUCUCCUGUUGUCCAAGCCAUGCCGAAGGGACCAGUGUCAUUCAAGGAUGUCACUGUGGACUUCACGGCGGAGGAGUGGCAGCAGCUGGACCAUGCACAGAAAGCCCUCUAUAGGGAUGUGAUGUUGGAAAAUUAUUGCCACUUCAUUUCUGUGGGAUUUCAUAUAGCUAAGCCCGAUAUGAUCCGCAAGUUGGAACAAGGAGGAGAGCUGUGGACACAGAGAAUUUUUCCAAGUCAGAACUAUGGAGAAGAUGAGAAUGCUGAAGAUGUUUUAGUGGAACUCAAAAAAUAUCAAGGCAAACAUUCCAGAUCUAUUGUAUUUAUCAAUCACAAAAAAUUAAUUAAAGAGAGAAAUAUUUAUGGAAAAGGCCUUUGUCUAAGCAAGAACCACAUUACUUCAAAAGCGCUCUGUGACUAUAAACCUGAUAGAAAAUUUUUGAAAAACAUUUCAGAGUUUAUUAGAAAUCUAAACCCUGUAAGAGAGAAGCUUGGUGAGAGUAACGGAUGGGAGAAAUCAGUCCUCAGUACCAAACACGAGAAAGUUCAUCGCACAGUGAAUCUCCACAAAUCAACAGAGAAGGACCUCAGUGGAAAGCAGGAGAUUGCUCAACAUCAAAAGGUGCAAACUGCAGAGCCACCAUUUGAAUGUAAUGAAUGUAACAAAUCCUUCUUCAUGAAAAGAGUGUUGUUUGCACACAUAAGAGUUCAUCAAGGAGAAAGAACCUCUGAGUACAAUAAAGAUGGAAUUGCCUUCCUGGAAAAGUCAAAUCUAAGUGGCCAUUUGCAUCAUCUUAUGGAAAAGAAGUCCUCUCCAUACAACAAAUUGCUCUGUAGGAAGUCUGGCUUUCUUGUACAACAGAGGUCUCAAACAGAAGAUAAACCCUUUCAAUGUCCUUACUGUGGGAACAGCUUUAGAAGGAAGUCAUACCUCAUUGAACAUCAGCGUAUUCACACAGGCGAAAAACCCUAUGUUUGCAAUCAGUGUGAAAAGGCUUUCAGACAGAAGACAGCCCUCACUCUUCAUGAGAAGACCCAUAUAGAGGGGAAACCCUAUCUUUGCAUUGAUUGUGGGAAGUCGUUCCGUCAGAAGGCAACCCUCACGAGACAUCACAAAACACAUACAGGGGAAAAAGCCUAUGAAUGUAGUCAGUGUGGAAGUGCCUUUAGGAAGAAGUCCUAUCUUGUCGAUCACCAGCGAACUCACACUGGGGAGAAACCCUAUCAGUGUAAUGAGUGUGGCAAGGCAUUUAUCCAAAAAACAACCCUCACUGUACAUCAGAGAACGCACACUGGGGAGAAACCCUAUAUUUGUAAUGACUGUGGGAAGUCCUUCUGCCAAAAAACAACCCUCACUCUCCAUCAGAGGAUUCACACAGGGGAGAAACCCUACAUUUGUAAUGAGUGUGGGAAGUCCUUCCGCCAGAAGGCAAUCCUUACAGUUCACCACAGAAUACACACAGGAGAAAAGUCCAAUGGAUGUACUCAAUGUGGGAAAGCCUUCAGUAGGAAAUCAAACCUUAUUCGACAUCAGAAAACACACACAGGAGAGAAACCAUAUGAAUGUAAAGAAUGUGGGAAGUUCUUCAGUUGUAAGUCAAAUCUCAUUGUCCACCAGAAAACUCACAAGGUACAAAGUCUCAGGAUUCAGUAAAUCAUGACACUUUUGUAAAAAAAACAAAAAAAAAAAACCAUUUUACAUCAUAGUGAAACCUGUACCUGCUGCUGCUUGCAAGUAUAAUAAUUUUCAGUGGCUUAAAAUACUGUACCACAUAUUUACUGCUUGCUAAUUUGUAAAACAACUACAUGCACACACAAACACUUGAUAAAAGACAAAACACUUAGAAUAUAAAAGCUUAAUAUGUAACCUGUUAAAUUGCUACAAACA